CGCUUUUCAACGUUCUCUCUCUCACUCUGCGUUAAAAGACUUGACAGAUCUCUUCCACCGGUAGAGAGAGAGAGAGAGACUUCUCUGAGAAAAACUGCGCAAACCCUAACUCAUCAAUGGCAGAUUCGAGCUCCAGUACGAAACGAUACACUCCCCCAAAUCAAAGGAAGCCUUCUGGGAAUCGCCGCAAGGGAGAUCGAACAAGUGGCCAACAGAACAAGGAUGGUGAGCGAAAUCAGCCUCUUGCUACUGUUCCUCAGAUAGAAGUCAAACCCCCGAAGAUAAUACCACUAAAGGACUGCUCUACGAGUGAAGCUUCUCAGCUUUUGAGCCAACGAUGGGCAGCUGCAAUGCAUGAAUACAAUGACCCGACUGUGGAUCUAUCUGAGCGACCAAUCAUGUACUAUGAAGGAAGUGUUUGGGGUAAACUACCUCACCAGAUCCUGGCUGCAGCAAACAACACAUUGCCUCCUCGAAAGAUGUCGCCAACGGAUUACAUGACUGAAGUGCGCCGAGGAUUGCUGAUGCCAAAAUCGUCAAGUUCCAACAAUUGAAUGGUCCUUCUUCUGCUGAUGGAUCCCAUAUAGACUAGUGAAAAUGGUGUUGGGUGUUAGUUGAGAUGGCACAAGCGGUGAUGUGUCAAUGACUUUGGUUUUGUGUGUGUGUAGGAUAACGAAUACUUGCUUUUGUCUCGAUCGGUCGUUUUCUCUGGUCCCUGAAAGUGUAAAAAAAAACCAAACCAGAGAGAUUUGACUAACAAUCACGUUUACAAUCUCACAUUGCUCCUUCCUUUCAUGGUUUCAUUCAUGUUAUUGAAAGAUUCGAAACGUCCUUUUAAUUUGACGGAUUCAGUA